AAUCAGGUUCAUCCAUGUCCAUCCAUGACUCCGAAACUUGAGCUUGCAGCUUAAUUGGCCAGAUACAUGUUGAGUGUAACCUCAACUUGCCGCUCACGGGAACUCGCGUUUUCGCAGUACUAUGUAAGGACUGGUCGGUUCCCCUCCGCGUUCUCUCAGGCUCUCUCUCUGUUUCACCCUGUUGGCCGUCUCUCAGACAUUCGAGGUCAGUUUGAGACAACUUAUUGGUGAUCUAUACACGUCUUUCGCCCGACUAUAUAACGAAAAAAUGUCUCACGUAGGUUACGUCGUGACCUUCCCAGACUGGGAUGCUUAUUGGAUGAGCGCGGCUCAGGUACCAAAACAACUUGAUGAAUCCAGUCAACGCCAAACAUUCCCCAUCUACCCAGCUUUUGUGGCAAAAGAAUUGCCAUCGAUCAAGGAUAUCAUAUACAACCAGAGCAACGCAACCCCACAUUCACACCCGCUCCUUUCGAGCCCCUUGCCCAUUGCGGUGACACCGUCACUUCCAUUGCCACACCUGCUCGAGCACAUGCACGCGCGUGAACCGCCGCUACAGCCAUGGCAUGUGACCUCCGACCCCAGCCGCCCGAUCCAGAGCCGUCAGAGCCGUCAGAGCCCUUUCAUGGAAAGCAUACCAGAGGAGCCCAUGAACCUACUUUGGGACCAACUUACCCAGCCAAGAAAGGUCCGCCGCACGCAGUAUAUUCAAUGCAUUUGGAAAGCUCUGGGCGGCAAAAAGCUCACCGACGUCCUACCCCUCUCAAUGUGGCCCACGACCUUCAGAUCAGCAAAUCGCACGCCGGUAUAUUAUGACUCGCAGCAACCCGACGACAACGUCCGAAACUGGAACGAUCUCCUGCUCUGGUUGCUCGCCAUGUUGUUUGAUGAUAACGCGGGAAGAGACCUGAAGGCUAUCGUUGAUACUUUACAAGAAGAGAUGGUUACGCGGCUGUGUUCCCAGGCUAAAGAGGAAGGGCAUUGUGGACUUCAGCCUCAGGAUGUCGAACGCGUUAUUCGUCGCUUUCGGCAGCCGCUUGUGCAGCCUAGAUCCAACACCGAUGAGGCUAUGGUUCGACGGUUCCAGUCGGGGGCAAUGUUUGCAUAGACGAACGGAAACGGGGCGAGGCGCCUUAUGUGUCGGCCGGCGACUUCUGACUUGCACGAAGGAAAUCGACCUGCGACUUUUCAACUUAACCCUCCUUCGCCAUGUUUUCACUCUUCGUCCAAUCAUUCGUCAGAUUUCUUCCCUACAGGAUUGUUACAGGUAAUGGCCAUGACAGUCUUAUUAAUGUAUAACCGUGCGCUCCUUUUAAACUCGAGCCUUAGCAACGUAUAUAUUAUACUGUUCGGAAGAUACCGCUACAACCCUCAUUCGUUUAUUCAUCUUUCUCCUACGGUCCCAUGGAACCAGGUGUUGACGGGAUACCCUUCGGUAAAUUAUCGAUGGAUAGAGUGCGAUAUUUAUAGCUAUUCACUCACGAA